CCACAACAUCUCAGUGUAUGUUACUGGAAAGUAAAGAAAGAGGGAUUUAAUGCGGAAAGUAACCACCCUACAUGGUCUUACAAGAACAUGACUUCCUCAAGAGGCCAUCAAGGAGGUAUUUACAGCACGCCAUGUUAUGAAUAUCCUGAUAUGAUUAAG